UCGACUUUGUAACAGUGUUUCUGUCAUCAAAAAAAUGAGUGAGACAAUAUGUGCUCGUAAGAAAAUGUUGGAGAAAGUCAUUUCACCCACAGACUUUAAUACUUACUCAGUUUGUAAAUUUGGUGUAAAGCAGCAAAAAGUAAGUCCGAUCCACUUCAAACAGAUUUCAAGAAUGAUUUAUCAAACGAAAGUACUGAGUCAAAUAGACAAUUCAAAUACUAUUAAAGAAGAAAGUGAUUUUAUUGGUUACACAGACCUUUGUCUCACUCUGAUAGAUAUGUGCCCCUCAGAGAUAACUAUAUGGGAAUCUAUCAUUAAAUCCAUCGCCAAUUUCCCACAAGAGAUGCAGAAAAGUUUAUACAAAAGUAUAUCUGACAAACUCGCCAAAUUUUCUGAAGAGGAAGACAGUAAUAUGGAUUACAUCAGUUUUAUAACAGAGUUGAUGUAUUUGGAGAGCAGAGAGUUCCUAGAAAGAGAUUUAUUACAGUUGGUUAGUGACUGCAGUCAACUUGUCCUGCCGUCGUCUUUCAAAGAUAAAAUACGGAGCGUGCCUCUGAUCAAAAGUUGCGCAAGGAACACCUUGCUUUCGUGCGUGAGUAUAGAAAUCUUGAACUGCUUGAUGUUGAGGGCUUGGGAGAGCGAUGCUCUUAGAAAAUUCGUCAAUGCUAUCUAUAUGUGCACACGAAGUAAGACCUGUGGAUCCGACAUGGCGAGUUUUAUGAGCAAUUUUAUGAAUUCCAGAUAUGGAAAAGUUCAUGGUCGUAUGUUUUUUUAUGAAGAAUGUGUUCAUGCACUUGUGAAGAACCUGGAAGGACUCUCAGGAGAAUUAGAUGAUAAAAGAAAAGGAGCGUGUAUCAAGGCAAUUGUACUCGAGUUCCAGAAACUUGCAAAAAGUGGGACAGCAAUUCAGAAACAGAGGAUGUUCCUUGCACUGGUUCACCACCUGGACGUCUAUUAUAAGCUCAUGGACUUAAGUUUCACAUGUGAUAAAACGCUCGUUACAGACUGUUUACAUGUUUUAACAGUCUUCAAUGUGCAGGACUUUGAAGAGGCGAAACAUUUAAAGGAAGUAUUUUUACCAGUUCUCAACUGCUUACGAGGCCUAUUGCAGAAAAUAUCUCUAGGGAUUAGAGACAUACAAUGUGCAGUAAUGGAUUUACUUGACAUUUUCUCAAAAACUUUAUUUGGACAAUUCCUGAUUACGUUUACCUUAAAAUCUGAAGGUGGUUUAAAACUCGCACCAGAGAUAUUACAAAUGGCAAUUGGAAGUGAACUGCCUCUACAGCACCUAGAAGCUAUAUUAACAGCUCAUGAUAAUAUGAACAUAAGAUUAAAUCAGUGGCCAAAUUUCAAACAAAACCAAUAUAAGGCUUUGAUUAGAAGCCUUAUGGUAAGCUGUAGUUUAACAGAGGAGCCAAAGCAUUCCGAACUGUUAUCUGCUGCAACAUAUAUUGUUCAGAAAUCAUAACGACCAAACAAAUAAAUGCAUUUCUAUGUACAUAUAUUAUUAUUAAAUAUUUAAAAGAAAAAUAUGCACAACUGUUUAAAAUGAGAAGGCUUUACUUGAGUACUAGUAUACAGGACUGAGGAGGGGAAUGCCGAUACACGAUAUAAAUGUCGGUGUCUGCACGCGACUCCUUUUUAUAUUCAACACUUAGUGCCAUUUAGAUACUGACACAUCACUGGUAUUUGUCAUCUUAAAACUAGAACUGUCCAAAAGGGACAAAUACCCCC